UGGAAUUUUGUCUGCUAGAGGCAGUUCUAUUAUUUUUAUCCAACAUCUUUAAUAUAUGAUGGACGAUCUCAUUAUAGUCAGUUCUGGUUGAAAUGUAAAGGUGAAAAUUUGUACAUUUGAUAUCGUACAUUGAGAAAGUGAAUAAUAACGAUGAGUUACCAAGUGCGUUGUAAAUUGUUUAUUGUAAUUAUGCGUUUAGAUUUGCAAUUUACGGAGUAGUUGUGUUAGAUUAAUAUUUAAAAAUAUGGCUGCAACAAGGCAUACCUUACAAAGAGAGAUCUUUACCGUAAAUGAUGAAAAAAUACUUAGUAUCUGUCAUGUUUGCAAGGCUUAUAAAAAAAAGAAGAGUAGUUUUCUUUGCCUUGUUUCAGCAACAGAUACUCCUGAAACAUUUAUGGUGUAUCAAGUAAAACGAAAUAAUGAUAAGAGUGCUUUUAAAAAAAAGCAAUGUUGGUUAUUAUCCGAUAUAAGAAUAAUCGAUGGCAUUAAUGCAGAUUCGAUGGAUCUUGAAUUACACAUUGACAAAAUUUAUAAAUGGUCGACCACAAAUUCUCAGGAAAGGCGAAAUUUUAUCAAUAAUUUAUACACGGUGUCCUGUGGCUUGCCACAAAGGCCGGAGUUCAAAAAUAUACCAAAAGAGUGGUUAACGGCAGAAUCGUCUAGUAUUGUUUCUAACGAUAACAGCACCAUGGGAUAUAAUUCUGAUUUUUUGCAAUCGCCUUUAAUUGCAGGAGAAUAUCAACCAAUAACGAAUAAAGAAGCAACAGAUUUAUCAUCUUUGAUGGAAAAUUGUUAUUACGCGGUUUCAAAUGCAGAGCUUUUUAUGGAUACAUUAUCGAAAGACUUAUCUAUACUCGAUGGUGAAAAUAUACAAUCUGUUUUAGCAUCUGAACCACAGGUACUACAAUUAAUGAGCGGUAUUGAAGCAGCCAUUAACGAAGCUUCUUUAGUCGAAGCACAAUUAACCGUUUAUGAUGAGGCACUAGGAAGAAUUAGAGAAGCAAUGGAACGUGUUGGUCAAAAGAAUCACGCAAUCCACAUUGCAAAUCGAAAUGCAAAGCUUUUAUUAGAACAGUUGGAAGUAGUAAUAACACAACUUACUGUUUCAAACGAGCAUCAAAGAAUAUUGAAUGAAGCUGAGCUCCCAGGGCAUAAAAAUGAACUUAUUGUUGCUGGUACUGAAUUACUGAAAGCAAUUUCAUUUCCUUUACCAUUGGGCUUAGACAAAUUAAGUGCUGUAGCAGAACAAAAGAAAAGGCUAGAUAAAUUAAGAGCUAAAUUUUCCUUAUUAGUGGCUAGACAUCUUAAUAAUUUAUUUAUUCAUUUGGGUAAUGAUAUAGGAGAAACAAUUGCUCUAACAAAUACAACGGUACAGCAACCAAAUGUUAUUACAUCAUCGUCUACAAACCAAAAAAGUGAUUUUAAGCUAUCGACACAUCAAGUUAUUCAAAAAGAACUUGAACCGUAUACUGAAUUAAUGAAAUUAUUACAAGCAUUAGAUCAAAAAGCUUUUACUCAAUUAACUAAAGUCUAUACUAAAACUAUGGGCUCAUUGUAUCAAAGAAACUUCAAAUUCUUCUUUGAAGAAGCCAAAGAUCGUCUUAUUAUUAGACGUCUUCAACACCACCAACAUCAUUCACACUCGACAAGUAAAUCGAGUGGUAAUGUAGCACCAAAAGCAGACACUGAAACAAUCAAUUCAUCAUCACCACCCGUUUGUCUUCUUAGUAAUGAAGUAUGGUCUCCACAAGGUGAAGGAGCUUUGCUCGACUCCGUUUUGGAUAAUGUACUCUCACAAUUGCAACCCGUUUGCCUUGCUGAACAAGCAUUUUGCAUCACAUUCCUUCAUUUAGAUUCAUUUCUUUCGGCAUCGACAAAGGUGAAUCUACAAGUUGCUAAGGACGAAUCUAGUAGUUGCAGCAGUGGUAAUAGUGGUGCUGACGAUAUUCAUGGCUUAGCAAGUCCUGGAUCAACUAAUAUAAACGAUCUCACAAAGUUGGAGCGACAAGUUAAUGAGCAAGUCAGAGCGACGAUGGCUGCUAUAUUUCCAUCAUUGGAAACAGAAUUAAACAAUUUAAUAACUUUUCUUGAAAAGAUAGACAGUUUUUGGUGUAUGUAUGUACUAGUGCGUCUAUCACAACAUGUGAUGUCCGCGCAAGACACUGGAUCAUUUUUAUCAAUGACUUUUGCUUCAGCGCUUGUUCAAGCUAAGCGAGCUUUUGACAAGUUUAUGCAAAUGCAACAGCAGUCUGUACUUGACACCAAAAUUAAUCGAAGAAAUAAAUGUGGAAUUUUACCAUAUGUAGAGAAUUUUGGACUAUUUGCUAAGACGGCAGAAAAUAUUUUCAAGAAUUCUGAUAGGAAAAUUGAUUUGGAAAAAUGGUACACUAAAUUAAUAGCCACAAUGUUUGAGGCUAUAAUAUCCCACAGUACAGAACAUCAUAAAACGCCACCAGAAGUUGUAAAAAUGGAGAAUUUUCACCAUUUACACGAUCUCUUAUCACAAUUAAAAAUAUCGGUAUUGGAUCAUCAACGUAAGGAAGCAAAACAAAAAUACCAAGAGGCGUUAAAAGCUUACGUAACUCGUUAUUUUGGACGACCUUUAGAAAAAUUAAAUUUUUUCUUUGAUGGCGUACAAGCAAAAGUCGGAGCUGGUGUUAAAGAAUCGGAAAUUAGUUAUCAAAUGGCCUUCAGUAGACAAGAGCUCAGAAGAGUUGUUAAAGAAUAUCCUGCAAGAGAAGUGAAAAAAGGUCUUGAACAUUUAUAUAGGAAAGUAGAGAAACAUUUAUGCGAAGAAGAAAAUUUGUUACAAGUCGUUUGGAGAGAAAUGCAAGGUGAAUUUAUUGCUCAAUAUAUAAAUAUUGAAGAACUUAUUCAACGCUGUUACCCAGAUAGUAAUGUAACUUUAGAAUUUACUAUUCAAAAUAUUUUGGAAUUCUUUUCAGAAAUUGCACUAUCCCAUUGAAAUCUA